AUGACCAUGAUGUAUGUGCUCAAUAUUAAGGUUGAAAGUAUCAUUGAUGUGCACAUUGAGGAAAGGUUUGCUGUUGAGCCUUUAGCAGCUGUAAUCAUGAAUUUCAACGAUGAUGACAUUAAGGGGUAUGAUGAAUCUGUAAGUGCUUUACAGGGUGUGGGUUCACACUCAUAUUCUCCCAAGAAGCUUGACCUUGACUUAAAGAACAUGCCAACUCCAUUUGCUAAACCAUCUAUAGAGGAGCCACCUGUACUUGAGCUCAAAGAAUUGCCAGUUCAUUUGAGUUAUGUGUUUCUUGAUUACAACACUGGUGGAGGUGUUGCAGAGAUCUCCAUAGAACUAGAGGACCAGGAGAAGACCACCUUCUCAUCUCCUUAUGGCACCUUUGCAUUUAGGCGCAUGCCAUUUGGACUAUGGAAUGCUCUCGCCACAUUCUAG